AUGGGGUUGAAUAAUCAAGUGCAGAGGAAAUCGAGUUUCAGGUUUGAGAUAGAUAACUUUUCGGAGAAGGAAGCUGCGAUAGCUUCUCAGGCAUUCGUUACUUUAGCAAGAAAGUUAUUCACAGAGCACCCAGAUAUUGCAGAAGAUUUCAAACCAAAGAACCAAGUGGUGAAGACCGAAUACAUGAAUGUCCUUCUCAACCUCAUUGAGACACUUAACAGGCCUUCAGAGAAUCACUCAGAGAUAGAGCUAAGCAAUGCUCACAGUGAGUUGAGUGAGCUGAUGGAACAAGGCUUCAAGCUGGGCUGGUUGCAGUCAAAGCUUGAUGAGGUUUCCUUGAAGAGGAAGAAGGCAGAUGCGGAUGUCCAACAACUCGAUGAACGUGUUAAGAAUCUUGAGCAGAUGAACUUGGAAUUCAAGCUGGACUGUUUGAAGACAAAGCUUGAGGAGGUUUCCUUGGAGAGGAAGAAAUCAGAUGAUGCUGAUGGUUCUCGGGUCAAAGAAAUGGAGGCACGCAUCAAGAAUCUUGAGAUGGUUGUGUCGGAUCUCAAAGUUAAACUAGACAAGGAUGAGGCCAAAUCUUUUGCUGAUGAUUUUGAGUUGAUGGAACCGGUUGAUUGA